AUGGAAAGUGUAGCAUCACCGCCUUCCAAGGAGGACUUGAAACGUCUGAGCCACGCUUAUCGGGAAGGUUUCUGCACCGGGUCCAUUUACUCUUUUGGUGUUGUAGCAGUUUGCUUCGGCGGUGCAAAAUACUUUUAUAAAAAUUUUGAGAAAAUUUCAACUUUUAUAAAAAUUGGUCUUGGCGCUUUCAUCGUUGGUUCUUCUGCUUUAGUUAAGGGUAACGCGGAGAUAACCUCUUUUAAGAAAAAGAACCCAUCAAUUAAUUUAAAUAGUAUUUCAGGAACACAAGAACUAUUAUCAUUCUUGUCCGACUAUCGCUACCCUCUUAUCGGAUUUACUUGGCUUUCUGGCCUAUGCGGUUCUAUAUAUCGGUCUUACACCUACCCUGAUAUCACUACACAGCAACGUCUAUUUCAUGCACGCGUGCACGCUCAAGCCUUAACCAUUGCUGCAAUUCUACUUACUGGUAUUCUGGUAAAUGUUGCACCGCCUUCUAAGAAAGAAGACCUCAACGAUGAAAUGUUUUUGCGAAGAAUUGCUUACGAAGAUAAAGAUGUGUGAUGAAUUAUAAAACCCUGCAUUUUUUACUUAUACAUCUUGUGAGCAUAAUUAUUGAUGACAAAACUAUCUUCUAUUAAAAGGAAAGUUUUCUUAGGGUAAGUAGCCAUCAUUUUUAUAGUAACAUUAAAAAAAAAAUUUAUAAAAGAGGCAGAGAAGUUUUUAUCGCCUCUGUUAUAGUUAAUAAAGUUUAGACAACCAGGGAAGCACGGAAAGCAAUUAGCUGGUAAAAUUGCUAUAUGCCUGGUAAGCAAGGAAAAGGUAAAAGUUGCUCACUCUUGGCCUUUCAAACAAUGUAUUAUGCUUUC